AUCAACGUAUGAUAAAAAAGAAAUUCUCUUAGUAACAAGUUGCAUAAAUAUCUGUCUGAUAUAUAUAGAGAUAAUUACAAUAAGGGUAUAAUUCUAUACUAAAUAGAUUAUGAUCAUUUUUCGCAAUAUUAAAUUAAUAUCAUAAAUCUUACAUCAAAACAUCUAAAAUAAGUUUUUUAAAAAUUGUCAUUGGAUUUUAAAGAUACUGGGAUAAUAAAACAAACAAAGUAAAGAAACCUAUUUUAUAUAAAACAACAAAAUUGAAUAAUUAUGGAGAAAUUUAUUGAAAUCUUUCUAAAACUUGAUAGCAAUAAUAAUAAUGGAUUUAUUAAGAAAACUGAACUUAUUCAACAUUGUGGAAAAGAAGAUAUGGAUAUGUGUAUGGUUGAUGAAUGGUUAAAACCCUUUAAUUCACUCGAUAAAAUAUCAUUCAGGGAAUUCUGUGUUGUAUUCGGUUUAAAAUAUGAAGAAAUGAUCAUGGAAAAGAAAGAUCGAGAGAAUAUGGCAGCUGGUUUAUCACCUAAGCUAGAUUCAGAUAUUACAAUUUUUUCCACUUCAAUGUCUUUACAAAAACAAGUUGAUAUAACAAAUAUGUUUAAAGAAACAUUGAAUACAAAGUAUACUGAUGAAAAAUCAAUAAUUGUAAUAGUUAAUGAUAUGAAAAAGUAUUUAGAUGAAAAAUAUGGUAAAUUAUGGCAAGUAUUCAUAAUUGAUGGAUCCUUUUGGUCAAAUUUCAGUCAUGAACCUUUCUUGGCUAUAGAAUUCAUGUAUGAUAAAUUUCGUUGUGUUAUUUGGAGAAGUCCAGCAGAUUAAAUUAUUAAAAAAAGAACAAUAAAAUGAUUAUAAAUUUUGUAUUUUAUAAUAUUUUCAACUAAAAGAACCAAAGAUUCUUUUCUUACGUUGAUGUACUAAUUUUAUCAGAAAUGUUUCUAAAAAAUAUAUCAAUUACAAUACAGAAAAACUCUAUUAUUG